AUGCAGGCCGUGUCCCUGGUUGCUCUGAACACUGUGCUCUUGUGUGACCGAAGCCAACCCCGCAGCGUGCAAGCAAAAAAAGCCAAAGCUGGAAACACGCCCACAGAGAAGGUCCCAGCUUAUGAGCCAAAUAUCCCUGAACCGAAAUGCAGAGCUGAUCUCAUCAAACACUGGUUCAACCUUUCCCUGGAUGACAAGACAGCCAAUAAGAUGCUGUGGAUAACAGAAGGCGGUGCUAAGGUGGCACGUAUGACUGACAACAUCACUUGUCCCGUCUUGGAUAGACCAGAGCGAUAUGAGUACACUCCACAGGUUCUUUGCAAAGAAGGCAUCCUUGGCUUCCGUGGGUACUGGGAGGUGGCGUUUUCAGGAUGGGUCGUGGUGGGGGCCGCGUACGAACGAGCAGGGAGGAGGAACAGCGACGGACCCUGCGGCCUGGGAGAGAACGAGGAGUCCUGGGGUUUUGGCUGGAGUGGCUCCAGCUAUCAUGCCUGGCACAAAAGCCAGAGUGUCGAGAUCCUGGAUGUUCCUCAGUGCUCCAAGAUUGGCGUUUACCUUGACCAGCCUGCUGGUAUCCUUAAUUUCUACGCUGUGGAGGAGGUGAAGGAUGGAGAGGAGAGCGUAGGAGGAAAGGAGGUUAAGCUUCUGCAGCAGGUUAAGAGCUCCUUUAAGGAGAAAAUGAUACCAGGUUUCUGGCUGGGGUCACAGUCGCACUGCUUGAUCACAAAGAAGGAGGAAUAA